AUGCCAAAGGGGGUCAAAGAUUCGGGGGGGGUUCAGGAGGGAUCUUCUGGUUUGGGACUUGUGUUGUCCUUUAGGAAUGAUAGGGGUUCCGGGGAUGAUAUAAGAGAGUCGGAGGAAGGGGGUGAGAAGGAGAAGAGGAUGGUUGCGUCGAAACGGAACUUGCAAGGCGUCCGUGCGGGUGUAACUAUUGAGGAGUUAUUGGGGGUUGAAUCGAUCCCCUCUAUGUCGGAAUCGGAGAUGGUCGCUAGUAAGCGUCUUUUUUCGGAGAUCUCCGGUUCCGACACGGAGGAUGUUGGAACAGCCAACGGCAUGUCUAAGGUGCAGACGGCCAAGCGUGGCAAGACGCGUGGCUCGAUGAGCAGACUUUCGGCAGCCCGACAGGAAUUGCGCGAAAGAACUGAGGAGGCUAGGGUGGCGGAGUACGUUGCCGCCUUAGAAAAGAAGGUGCAGAGAAAGGAGUCGAAGGUGGGAAAUCCCACUCCGCCUGGACCCCUUGAUAUAGAUGUAGAGGCCAUGGGCCCGGAGGACUUGCUCGGUGCUGCUGAGAGCAAUCUCGAAGAGAUUCUCAGCAUCGCGGCCAAGUCCUCCAAUUUGAAAGGGGGGUACGCCAGCAAGAUACGGCGUGCCACCUCUGCGGUGAGAUGUAUUAUUGACGCGCUUGCAUCUCGCACCGUGGCGGAAGAAACUCGGCGUCUCACCGCAGAUAAUGGUAGGCUGCGCCGGGAGUUGGCAAACCUUCGCGAAGAAGUUCGCGCGUAUAAGCGGGACUUCGAGGAGAGUCGUGCGUCGGCGGCGAAGGAGAGGUCUUCUCCAAUGUCCAAUGAACAGUUGGGCAUUUUGGAGAAGAGCAUCGCCAAGUUGGUGGGCAACUUGGUUGAUGGGAGGCUAGCGGGGAUAGAGGCACGGUUGCCGCCCCCCACGGUGGUUCGUCCGCCCUUAGCGGCCGAUAAGAAGCGGGAGGCUCUCGAAAAGAGAGCCACUGCCGAGAAAAGCCCUGCGCCGGAGACUGCCGUAGUUCGUGACUUGUCUCCGGUUCUGACUUCGUCGGCGGUUCGUCGUCAGCGGGAGGAGUUUCCGGCUUUGCCGGUGCGCCCGGAGGUGCGCCCAGCCCCGGCUCCUGCUCAACCUAAAAAGAGUAGGAGCAAGGGAAAGGGGAAAGGGGCUGAACGACCGGAACCGGUCAACCCUGGCCCCUCCACAUCCAGGAGUGCGCAGCCUGAGAGGCUGGCAGAGUCUUCGGCGGUGUCGGCUGCUACUCCAGUGGCUACCUCGUCGGAGGUGUUGGACGGCUGGACAGAGGUCGUCCGCAAGAAGACCUCUGUAAAGAAGGUGGCGCCGAAACAGUCUGCACAGAUGGCGGCCAAGAAGCCGAAGGUGCAGCUGCCUCGCUCCACAGCCGUCCUCAUAAAAUUGAAGGCGGACGCGGUGGAUAAGGGCGCGUCGUAUAGUUCGGCGCUCCUAAAGGCGGAGGGCGCCAUUAAGUUGGAUGAGCUGGGACUCGGCCCCCUUCGCAUCAGGCAGUCGGCGACUGGAGCCAGGUUGAUUGAGAUACCUGGCUCUACCAGCCACGAAAAGGCGGAUCUAUUGGCGGCUCGACUGUCUGAAGUCUUGGCGGAGGAGGCCGACAUUUCAAGGCCCGUGAAAUGCUGCAAUUUUAAACUCACGGGCCUUUCUGACGCUGCGACUGUAGAGUCAGUCAGAUCUGCAGUCGCAGGAGCAGGUGGAUGUUCCCCCACCCAAGUUUGGGUGGGAGUAAUACAGAGGGGGUCGGUCGGGACGGGUUUUGCUCGCAUGAGCUGCCCAGUGAUGGCGGCCAAGAAGUUGGUGGAGCUGGGCAGCUUUGCCGUCGGUUGGAGCAGAGUGACCGCGCAUCUUGUAGACGCGCGGCCAAGCCACUGCUUCCGCUGUCUGGGUUUGGGGCACUAUGCUGCUUUGUGUCCCCCCAAAAUGAAGGACCGCAGUGGCUUGUGCUACCGAUGUGGUACACCUGGACACACCAUGUCUGGGUGCAGUGUGGCGCGUCCAAAGUGCGCAGUCUGCUCCGAUGCGAGCAGACCUUCGGACCACGUUAUGGGGGGUAAGACAUGUAACCCCCCAGUAACCCGGGGAAAAGUUCCCUCCUCUAGGAGAGGACAGGCGGCGCCGGAAGCUGAAAUGUCCGAAUAA